CUCGAGAAUUCAGGGGAGUGGCUGGCUGUGGGGGGCGCGUCGCGGCUCCCGGCUCGGCUGGCCCCCUCUUGCAAGACAUGGUCUGCUCCCCAUUGUAGAAGCUGCGCCCCGAAGAGGACUGAGAGAGUGGUGUUCCCGGCGUGGGGCUGCAGGCAUCUCUCCGUGCGGAAGCCCUCGCAGGAUUUCGGGGUGGGGCGGGGAGGGCCGAGGAUUUGGGGGAGUGGGGGGUGGGCGGGGAAGAGGACCCGAGGAGGGGAAGGACUCUGUGGAGGGAGUCGCUGAGAGACUAUGGGGAAGGACCAGGAGCUGCUGGAAGCUGCUCGCACUGGAAAUGUGGCUCUGGUGGAGAAACUCCUCUCUGGCAGGAAAGGAGGGAUCCUGGGCGGUGGAUCCGGACCCCUGCCCCUGUCUAAUCUGCUAAGCAUCUGGCGAGGCCCCAAUGUGAACUGCACAGACAGUUCGGGUUACACUGCUUUACACCAUGCAGCAUUAAAUGGACAUAAGGAUAUAGUUCUCAAGCUACUACAAUAUGAGGCAUCAACAAAUGUAGCAGACAACAAAGGGUAUUUUCCCAUUCACCUGGCUGCCUGGAAAGGAGAUGUGGAAAUCGUCAAGAUCCUUAUUCAUCAUGGGCCGUCGCAUUCCAGAGUCAAUGAACAGAACAAUGAAAACGAAACUGCUCUGCACUGUGCAGCCCAGUAUGGACACUCAGAAGUAGUUGCUGUUCUCCUGGAAGAGCUCACAGAUCCGACAAUCAGGAACAGCAAGCUUGAGACACCCCUGGACCUGGCUGCCCUCUACGGGCGGCUGAGAGUGGUCAAAAUGAUCAUCAGUGCGCACCCCAACUUGAUGAGCUGCAAUACGCGCAAGCACACUCCACUUCACCUCGCCGCUCGCAAUGGUCACAAGGCUGUCGUACAGGUGCUGCUGGAGGCCGGAAUGGAUGUGAGCUGCCAAACAGAAAAAGGGAGUGCACUCCAUGAAGCAGCUUUGUUUGGAAAAGUGGACGUUGUACGAGUUUUGUUAGAAACAGGAAUUGAUGCCAACAUAAAGGAUAGCUUAGGGAGAACAGUCCUAGAUAUUUUGAAAGAACAUCCAUCUCAGAAGUCUCUCCAGAUUGCAACACUCUUACAAGAGUAUUUAGAAGGUGUGGGAAGACCAACAGUGCUUGAAGAGCAUGUGCAAGAAGAUACAACCCAGGAAACACACAUUUCACCUGCUGCUGAGUCUCCUUCCCAGAAGACCAAAAGUGAAACUGUGACUGGAGAAUUAUCCAAACUUUUGGAUGAAAUAAAACUCUGUCAAGAAAAGGAUUUUUCUUUUGAAGAUUUGUGCCACACAAUAUCAGACCACUACUUAGAUAAUUUGAGCAAGAUUUCAGAGGAAGAACUUGGGAAAAAUGGAAGCCAGAGUGUAAGAACUUCAUCUACAAUCAAUUUGUCACCUGGAGAGGUAGAAGAUGAUGAUGAUGUUGAGAACACGUGUGGGCCCUCAGGUCUUUGGGAAGCUCUGACUCCUUGUAACGGGUGUAGGAACCUUGGCUUCCCAAUGCUGGCACAGGAGUCCUAUCCAAAGAAGAGAAAUUAUGCUAUGGAAAUUGUACCAUCUGCCUCUCUGGAUACAUUUCCUUCAGAAAAUGAGAACUUUCUAUGUGAUCUCAUGGACACAGCUGUUACAAAGAAACCAUGUUCCCUAGAAAUUGCAAGGUCAUCGUCCCCAAGACCUGAUAAUGCCUCUGAGGUAGCAAUUACUGCUCCAGGAACUAGUAACCAUAGAAACAGCUCAACAGGCCCUACUCCUGACUGCUCACCUCCAUCCCCCGACACUGCCCUCAAAAACAUUGUGAAAGUUAUUCGACCCCAGCCUAAGCAACGAACCUCCAUUGUGUCUUCUCUGGAUUUUCAUCGAAUGAACCAGAACCAGGAAUACUUUGAAAUCAGCACAUCUACAGGGUGCGCAAGCUUUACUCCCAGCCCUCCUGUCAGCCCACACACCUCUGCAGUGGAAACCACAGAAGUCAAGAAUGAGGGAAGUGACCAUGCAGAUGACCCCACUCAACAGGAAGAUAAUGACCCUCCAAAAGAAUACGACCCUGGACAAUUUGCAGGCCUUCUGCAUGGCUCCUCCCCAGCCUGUGAGUCCCCUGAAGAUCCUUUCCAUCUCUAUGGAAAAAGAGACCAGUGUGAAGCAGGACCAGAUGAAAUCAGUCUGACAAACAGCCCUUUGUCUUUCAAGCAGACUCCAAUAACCAACAACCCGGAGCCUUUGGUUAAGAAAGUUAAACCCAAAGUGGUUAGUAGAACGAUUUUUCACAAAAGAAGCAACCCAGUAGAAAACCACACCAUAGUUGGCACAAGAACAACCAGGAGUGGAUCCCGGAAUGGAGACCAGUGGAUUAUGAACACAAGUGGAUUUGUAGAGAGAGCCUGUACUCUGGGGAGAAUACGGUCCUUGCCCAAAUCCCUGAUUGAUAUGCAUUUAUCAAAAACUGUUUCCAAAUCGGACUCUGAUCUCAUUGCCUACCCUUCAAAGGAGAAAACAUCAAGAGUUAACUGGAGUGAAUCUUCUGUGGAACGCAGUUCUAAAGGGAAUUCUGAAAGAACACCUUCCUUCACAUCUGAAUGGGAAGAAAUUGACAAAAUAAUGAAUUCCAUAGAUGUUGGAAUCAACAGUGAACUUGAAGAAAUGAAUGGUAAGAUCACAAGACCCAGAUGCCCUGUUCAAUCAGUGGGACAAUGGUUGGAAAGCAUUGGGCUACCUCAGUACGAGAACCACCUGAUGGCUAAUGGAUUUGACAAUGUGCAGUUUAUGGGAAGCAAUGUUAUGGAAGAUCAGGAUUUGUUGGAAAUCGGAAUCCUUAAUUCUGGGCACAGACAGAGAAUUCUACAGGCCAUCCAGCUCCUUCCCAAGAUGAGACCCAUUGGUCAUGAUGGCUACCAUCCCACCUCUGUAGCUGAGUGGCUGGAUUCAAUUGAGCUGGGUGACUACACCAAAGCCUUCCUAAUCAAUGGCUACACAUCGAUGGACCUGUUGAAAAAAAUCUGGGAGGUCGAACUUAUAAAUGUUUUAAAAAUCAGUUUGAUUGGCCACAGAAAACGCAUUCUGGCCUCUCUGGGAGACAGGCUGCACGAAGAGCCUCCGCAGAAGCCCCCCCGCUCCAUCACCCUCAGGGAACCCAGUGGUAAUCACACUCCUCCUCAGUUGUCUCCAUCACUUAGCCAAAGCACUUACACCGCUGGUGGCUCCCUAGACGUUCCUCACAUUAUCAUGCAGGGUGAUGCAAGGAGGAGAAGAAAUGAAAACUACUUUGAUGAUAUUCCCCGAUCAAAGCUGGAGAGGCAGAUGGCCCAGCAGUCGUCAGUCUGUGAGAUAUGGACCAAUCAGAACGCUGGAUUUCCUUUCUCAGCGAUCCAUCAGGUUCAUAAUACAGGAGACUGGGGAGAACCUUCCAUUACCUUGCGACCUCCAAACGAAGCCACAGCCUCAACUCCAGUGCAGUACUGGCAGCAUCACCCAGAGAAGCUCAUCUUCCAGUCAUGUGACUACAAAGCUUUUUAUUUAGGUUCUAUGCUGAUCAAAGAGCUCAGGGGGACAGAAUCGACCCAAGAUGCUUGUGCAAAAAUGCGGGCUAACUGUCAGAAGUCUACAGAGCAAAUGAAGAAGGUCCCUACUAUUAUUCUUUCCGUCUCCUAUAAGGGAGUCAAGUUUAUUGACGCAACAAAUAAGAACAUAAUUGCUGAGCAUGAAAUCCGUAACAUUUCCUGUGCUGCCCAGGACCCAGAAGACCUCUCAACAUUUGCUUACAUCACAAAAGAUCUCAAGUCCAGUCACCAUUACUGUCAUGUGUUUACUGCCUUCGACGUGAACUUAGCCUACGAGAUCAUCUUGACCCUGGGACAGGCAUUUGAAGUGGCCUACCAACUAGCGCUGCAAGCAAGGAAAGGGGGGCACUCCUCCACCCUUCCAGAAAGCUUUGAAAACAAACCCUCCAAGCCUGUCCCCAAACCCCGCGUCAGCAUUCGGAAGUCGGUGCAGAUCGACCCGUCUGAGCAGAAGACUCUGGCCAACCUGCCGUGGAUUGUGGAGCCGGGGCAAGAAGCCAAGAGGGGAAUUAAUACCAAGUAUGAAACCACCAUUUUCUGAUACUCGCCGUGCCCCCGUCCUCGCG